AUGCCACGUUAUCAAUACUCAAGAAUUGCUCCGCAUAGUGCAACAACAAGUUCAGAAUCCUUUUUUCAACGUCAAAAUUCAAAUGGACAAUCGUCAAAGCCUAUAGUUACAGCGACGACGACGAGCAAUAACAAUAAUCAUACCUAUUCGUCUGGUCUUUUUAAAUCAACAUUCAUUCCUCUUGUUACAAAUACUCGAAUAAUGACACCACACAAGCGUGAAUUUAUUCAAAUUCCAGUGACAAGAGAGGAUGGAACAUCAACUUUAAAUAAUACUUUUCAUUCUAUACCAGUUACUUUUAUUAGUGAAACAACUACAUUAUCAUCUACAACCAAUGAUAAUAAUAGAAAUACAAGUGCUAAACUAAAUUAUACUAAUCUUUUACGCCCUAACUCAAGACAUUCACAGCAUCAUCCUAAUAAUAAUAAUGAAGAAUCGGAAACUACUGUGCCUCGUUUACCGUCUGUUUCACGUCGUUUCAAUCUUACAAUACCAGUAAUGACAACAACAACAACAACAACAACAGCAGCAGCAGCAGUAGCAACAGCAACAACAACAAAUGAUGAUGAUGAUGAUGAUAAUACAAGCAAACAAAAUAUGUCACCAUCUUCUACUCGUCGUGUUCCUAUUCGUUUUGCACCGACACCAAAUGUUGCAUCCAUACCGACAAAUAGUUCUCGUAUAUCGAGUGCUAUUCUUCGUUCAUCACCAUUAUCAAAUCCAUUGAAUAAUCAAUUACAACGUCAAAAAACUGAUUUAAUAGAUACAUCAUCACCAUCAGAUUUAAAUGGUAUAAUAUCGAACAUGUCACCUGUACGUCGAGCUGAAGUUAUGGCUCGUGAAGCUAUUCAAGGUAUUGUUCGUUUUCAACAACAACAACAACAACAACAACAACAACCAAAUAGUUCAAUAAUUGAUAACAAUAAUAAUAUAUUAAUUCGAUCGCCUACAUUAUCACGUCGUGUUAUUGUCAAUUUAAAAAAUAAUCAAUCUGUUUCACUUGAUAGUCGUUUAUUAUCGGCACAUACAUCAUCAACAAAGACACCAUUAGUUCCUUCCUCUUCACGUCUAAUACAACGAAAUAAUCUUUAUCAUAUACCUAUUUUACAUGAAAUUCAAAUGCCAUCACAUCCAACAACAAUAGUAGCUGAAACAUCGCUACAUUUAUCACAAACUCCUUCGACUAGUAAUAAUAAUAAUAACAAUUAUAAAAAUGAAUUUCAUAUGGAAAUUCCAGUUACAAUUAUUACUAGAGAUCAUCAGGAGAAUCGUGUAAAACUUAAUGAUGGACAAGAAGAUGGAAUCAUAAAUUAUGAUCAAACAACGAUUAUUAAUGAAUGUAUUCCAUCUCCAACUAUAAAUUCAAAUCAAACGCUCAAAUCUAUUUUAAAAAGAUCUUCAUCACGAGAAACUGUUUCAAGAAAAAAUGUUAGUUUUAUGAAUGCUUAA